CGAGGAGCUGGGCAUCGCGUACCCCAUCAUCGACGGCAUCCCGAACAUGGUUCCGGAGGCGGCCCGGAGGACGCACAAGAAGCCGCCGGCCGAGGGCCCGGAGCAGCCGUGAGGAGCCGCCGGGCACGGCACUCACCCGGCCUGAUGGCCGGAGCAGGGCUGCUGCCCUCCCUGCCCACGCUGACUGUCCUCGUUCCCCUCCUGUCCCUGGCAGGCCUGUUCUACUCGGCCAGCGUGGACGAAAACUUCCCCCAGGGCUGCACCAGCACCACCAGCGUGUGUUUCUACAGUCUCCUCCUUCCUGUUACAGUACCAGUUUAUGUGUUCUUUCACCUCUGGACCUGGAUGGGGAUUAAGCUUUUUAGGCACAACUAGUGCAGUGCCUUUGCUAACCCCGGGUUUCUCUAAAUUAAUGUAAUUUGUUUAAUCUCAUCGAGUAUUGCAGUUCAUUUUGAGAGUUUCCUUCUGGUACUAGGGACUGGCAUUUUCCUGGUAGGAUCUGGAACUGUAGGAAGCAGCAGCCCAUUGUUAACUACUGCUAAUGCACAUGAAGAGUAGGAGUAAUAAGAUGCACUAAUUCCCUCUGUUUUAUCCCUUCAAGAGUGCUGUGUGUUUGUAGUGGGACUAAUUAGAACCUUAGUUUUCAUGAGGAAGAACUGUACCCUGACUGAAUAAAAUAAAUUAAAAUUAAAA